GGUAGAGUCUAAUGUCUAGAAUUAAUCAUGAUAUAGAUAUCCGUGAACCCUAUUAGCAUAGAAUCCGUGAACCAGAUUUUCUUAAUUUGUUAAAUAUCCUGGUUCAUUAACAUUCUUUAGUAGUUAUUUGGAAUCUGCCGAUCGAGAAGCUUGCAGAUUCAAAAUCAUGGGCAACUGCAUGGAGACAUACACCAUUGGGGAGAAGCAGCAGCAAGAAGAAGGAGAAGAAGAAAGAGGAGGAUUUGUGAAGAAUGGUCUAAGCAUGAAGGUUGUGCUGACAAAGGAGGAACUCAAGUGGCUGAUACUCGAACUGAAGGACAAAGGAGGAGUGAGGCUGAAACAAAUGCUGGAAGAGAUAGAAAGAGGCAGAAGAGAACAAAAGGUUGAGGAUGAGAUGGGGUGGAAGCCUUCUUUGGAGAGCAUCUUGGAGGCUCCUGAAUUGCUUGAGAUGGACACCACAUGAUUAUCAAUCAUCAUUUCUUACUUCUUAGCCUUAGCCACACUACAACUUGUCCUUUUUCCUUUCUUCUUAUUUUCGUCCCCUGUUCUGCAGUUUAUAGGGCUUUUUUGGAAUGAGUAGUGAGAUGAGAUCCACGUUUGUAAAUCUUGAGGUGAAGAGUAAUGAGAUAAUCAGGUACAUUCAAAAGUGUUCUUAAAAGUAAUAACCUAUUUAUAUCAAUUUUUAAGAGAAUUAAUUCAAGAAAACCACUUUAUGAAAA